GUCAAUGGCGUCAUCACAGGCGCCGCUGACGUCAGCAGCUAUCCGAAACCUGCCAAACCGAGCUCGUGGGCGCUGCUACUGUUCAACCGGAUAUCGAAUCUGGAGAUUUCGGGCGGCGGAGUGAUGGACGGCGCGGGGCAGGGAUUUUGGAAGUUUCCCGGGCAGCAGCGGCCGGCGCUUCUGUCAAUCACUAAUUGCGACGGAGUGACGAUUCGCGAUAUGCUGUUCACCAACCCAGCACGACAGCACGUGAAGAUAUACGGAACUACUGAUGUGCUUUUAGAGAGAGUUGCUACACUUUCCCCAUAUAACAGCCCCAACACGGACAGCAUUCUUCUCAGCGGGGUGGUGAACGGCAUCGUGCGCAACAGCAGACUGGAAGGAGGCGACGACAAUGUUGCCAUCAUUACCGGGUGUCGAAACAUCCUUGUGGAGAAUACGCAGUGUAUCAAUGGGCACGGCAUAAGCAUCGGCAGCCUGGGCGGUGACGGGGAGCUGGGGUGCGUAUCCGACGUGACAGUAAGGAACGUGAGCUUACGGGGGUCCAACAACGGCCUCCGAAUCAAGACCUACCAGCAGGGAGUGGGUCUCGUAAGCAAUGUAACAUAUGAGGACGUAACCGUAACCGACGUUACAUGGCCGAUUCUCAUCAACCAGUUCUAUUGCGACAAGAAGACGGCUUCGGCCAGUAGCUGCAAGCUCAGUAGCACGGCUGUAGCGGUUACCAACAUCCGUUACAAGAACAUCCGUGGCACGGCGAAUGGCACGGUCGGCGUGCUUCUAAACUGCAGCCAAUCGGUGCCAUGCUCUGGGAUAUCCUUUUCGAACAUUUACCUCACCUCCUCCCGCAAACCCAAGCUAUCCAAUCAGCUGCUCAGCACUACUCUCAAGGAGAACUGGGUUGGAGUCAACUCAGCCAACUCAGUCAAUGGAGUCAAUGCUGCUGAUACCGACUCACUAGCGCUGCUGAACCAGGAGACCCAAGUCAACGGAGUCAACAAGGGGGCAGUAGCGCCAGUCAAGACAGUCAGCCCACUUGCCAAGCUGUUCGGAAUCGGCACCAGCAGCAGCAUCACCACCGGUAGCAAGCCUGGAACCUCGGCAAUAACGGAUCUUUCAGGAUCAGAUCUGAUUGCGGUGCUCAACAACGCGUAUGGAGCCACGGAUGUCAAGUCGGUGUCGGUGUUCCUAGCGGAGGUGCGGUGGGAUGGUGCGACCCCCCCUGCUGCAGCAAAGGCCGCCAUCAGCAGCAUGGCAGCAAAGUGCAUGUGA